AUGGGAAUGUAUCUGGACACACAUGGUGUGAUGCUUAGACAAUUUAGCUUCAGAUCUUCUCUUCUCCCAUUUUCGUCUCAUCUCCGACGAGCCUCCGCUAAAUCAGCACAGUCGAUUAACUUUCCAAUCGGAGCCACCACCAUGGCCACAAACUCGACUCAGAACGAGUCGACUCAGCCAACUCAGAAACCUGUCCAGGUGGCGAAGAGAUUAGAGAAGUUCAAGACGACGAUCUUCACUCAAAUGAGCACAUUAGCGAUCAAACACGGAGCAAUAAACCUAGGCCAAGGCUUCCCUAACUUCGACGGUCCAGAUUUCGUCAAAGAAGCAGCGAUCCAAGCCAUCAAGGACGGUAAAAACCAAUACGCUCGUGGCCACGGAAUCCCCGAGCUCAACUCCGCGAUCGCUGCUCGGUUUCUCAAAGAUUCAGGUCUCGUUGUUGAUCCGGAGAGAGAAGUCACUGUUACAUCCGGCUGCACAGAAGCAAUAGCUGCAUCUAUGUUAGGUUUGAUAAACCCUGGAGAUGAAGUCAUUCUCUUUGCACCUUUCUACGAUUCAUACGAAGCGACUCUCUCUAUGGCUGGUGCUAAAGUAAAAGGAAUCACUUUACGCCCACCUGACUUCUCAGUCCCUUUGGAAGAGCUUAAAGCUGCUGUGAGUAACAAAACCAGAGCCAUUCUCUUGAACACUCCUCACAAUCCAACAGGGAAGAUGUUCACAAGAGAGGAGCUUGAAACGAUUGCGUCUCUCUGUAUUGAAAACGAUGUGAUUGUGUUCUCUGAUGAAGUGUACGAUAAGCUCUCGUUUGAGAUGGAUCAUGUUUCGAUAGCUUCUCUUCCAGGGAUGUAUGAGAGAACCGUGACGAUGAAUUCUCUUGGAAAGACUUUCUCUUUAACCGGAUGGAAGAUCGGUUGGGCGAUUGCGCCGCCGCAUCUGACUUGGGGGAUUAGACAAGCACACUCUUACCUCACGUUCGCAACAUCAACACCGAUGCAAUCAGCAGCCGUUGCGGCUCUGAGGGCACCCGAGUCUUACUUUAAGGAGCUGAAGAGUGAUUACAGUGCGAAGAAGGAGAUUUUGGUUAAGGGUUUGAGAGAGGUUGGGUUUGAAGUGUUCCCAUCGAGCGGGACUUACUUUGUGGUUGUUGAUCACACGCCGUUUGGAUUGGAGAACGAUGUUGCCUUCUGUGAGUAUCUUAUCAAAGAAGUUGGUGUUGUUGCGAUCCCGACGAGUGUGUUUUAUCUGAAUCCGGAAGAUGGGAAGAAUUUGGUUAGGUUUACGUUUUGUAAAGACGAAGAGACGUUGCGUGGUGCUGUUGAGAGGAUGAAGCUGAAGCUAAAGAGGAAAGUCUGA